ACUCCACCGGUUAAUAAACAUCAAGCGGUGCUACCUGAAUCAGCUCACCUAUUCUGGCGCUACUGCUACUGGCGUAUUAAGCCGGUACACGCGCACUCGCACACCUUAUCGUCAGCUUAAUUGCCCAUGUACACAGAAUCAUACAACGGUGUAAAAAGCAGCGAGCUAUCUUUAAGACAGCGGACGUAUGCCAGACCGGUAACGCGCGGCAGCGGAAGUGAUUACACAUGAAAUCAUAUUGAUCAAAUAUUGAUGCUGACUGUGUGACGCGGCGUUAUCCCAGCUGCGGCUGUGAUCUUCCCUGCCUGUUAUUGCUCAAUCCCGUGCGCCUAAACGCCGCUUGUCCCUCUAAGAAUUAAGUACCCGCGCUUCGGUAAUUCGCCAGGAUGGUGCACAUGGAGAUGGAGUUGGCGCCGCACCACAAGCACCACCACCACUCCGGCGAGAACACCACCAUCCACCUGCGCGACGCCCUGAAGGACGAGCACAGCGAGAAGGAGUACGACCAGAUCCACCGGCUCUUCCGGCCGGUGAUGAUCGUCCUGGGCCUGCUGGGACUGUGGCAUCCCAGUCCCCGCGAGUGCUCCGACGAUAUACCGGAAAGGUACCGGUUUAGUCGCGCCGCGCGCUGGUUCUUCAUCUUCUGCUCGGUGUGCAAUUUCUCCUUCACGCUGGCCAAUUUUAUUAUGCUGUUGGUGGCGCAUCCCGCCACGCAGAUGCGGCAUCUGACGUAUAAUGUGUAUAUUAUCUUGACGGUGUGGUCGGCGUACGCGUGCGUCCUGUCCAUGCUGCACUUCCGGAUUUGCGAGAAGGGUUGGUUGUUUGAGAUGUGGGAGCUGUGGGUGUACUGGGCACGGCUGCCGCGAUACAGAAAUUGGGAUCGGAUGAAGAAUGUCAGGAAUUUGUACCUGAUCGUUGCAGCGGCCGUGACCAUAGCGCCGACGGUGAUCGUGGGUGUCGGCCAGGGCGGCGCCCAUCCAGGGGAGUUUCUGGAGAAGAGCGUGCUGCGGACGCUGGAGAAGAGCACGCCGGCGCUGGACCACAUCCUCUUCUCCAUCGAUCUGACGGCGCUGACCUUUAUCAUGUACGGCACGGCCGCCUUCACCACCGCCUUCUUUCUUACGCAGUGCCUUAUCGUCCGCGAGGAGCUGUGUGCGUUAUACGAGAUGAUCGAGGAAAAGCUGGAUACCGGCAAAGUCUGGAACAACGUCCGCGAGCACGACGAGGAGAUCUCGGUGCUGGAGCAGCUGCGGCGGCGCCGGCUGGAGUGCCGCAACAUGGUGGAGGCCAUGGACAAGACCUUCGAGCACACGGCCUUCCUCAGCAUCUUCGCCAACGUCCCGCUCAUCGUCUUCAUCGCCUACGCCAUCAUGGUCCACCCCCACGCCAACAUCUUCGUCCACGGACUCUGCGUCAUCGCGUUGCUCCUGUCGCUGUUCCAGGUCUUCGCCGUCAGUAUCGGCGCGGCAUGGAUCAACAAAUGGGCGGACGCUCCCAAACGACUCCUUCAUACCCUGAAGAUCCACAAUUAUUUAAAGAUGACCCGCCCUAAUCAAGCCAGUUUGUCGCUGUUUUUGAGCGAGCUGACGUCGGAAUCGCUGGGCAUUACGGCAUGGGAACUCACCAUUAUCACUAAGGAGUUUGUCGCAACGGUAAUUGGUUUGGCCGUCAGCUACAUCAUCGUGCUGUAUGAGUUUGGCCACAUGAACGAGCUGAUCGACAAGACGGAGGAGAUCAGUCACCGGCUGAGGAAUCUCACGGCGCUGACCGUGGGCGAAAGCGGUUUGGAAAUGUCGGAAGGCGGCGAAACGGAAUGAUGAACGGGACUGACUGCUGUACAGACUAUCCUUCCAUAACGAAAUGCUGAUUUUGUAGUUCAGAAUCUGACAUGUCAGGCACUCCUCUUGCCGUAUCUGUGAUACUACAACGUGCCCUUUUACUCGAACAAAUAAUACUCCUUCUACAAAUUUAUCACUUAGUGGUUUCAUAAAAGAUGAUGUUAGUUAAUGUAUUGCGCUCUUUAACUGAAUAAGCAAGUCCUUUCGGUGAUAAAAGAUUUUAUCCUUUGA